CGUUUCCUUUCUCCAAUCGAUGCUAUCCACUCUUGACGACCACUUUUUAUUUCUGAUGUCUUCGUUCCAGCAAAUGUUUACUUUGAGUGAUCAAUUUUGUUUGUUUUUUUAUUUUGUUUUCCUUUUGUCGUGUAAUCAGUAACCUCACUUUAGUCUUUCAAGAAUUCAAAGUCAAGAUGAAGCUUCCUUUUGCACUUGCUGUCCUAUCUCCUCUCGUCUUUUCAACAUCUGCAAAAACCGUGCUGGAUGUCGAACCAAUUUACAUCGGCGAUGUAUUCUAUCCACCCUCCAUGUAUAUCCUAGCAUGGACACCAUCCACACCAUCUGUCUCUAGAGAAGUAAGCCAAUCAUCAAAGCCAACCUCACCAGAAUGGUGUCGCACCGCAAUCGACAUACCGGACAGCGCCAAUUUCUCCAUCGCGCAUCCCCAAUUCACACGUGGAAAUCUCACCAAUUUGAGAUUUCACAAUUACUUCUCUGAAGAUGCAUAUAUCGAGAGAAAUGGAAAGAGAUGGGGAGAAUGUUACGUCACGCCUGAGAGUGGAGAUGUUGGGGUAUGUGGAAAGGGGGAUCGAUGGGUUGGGAGGGGAAAGAGGACGUGGAGUUGCUGGCCUGUGAUUGAGGAUGUUACACAUCAUCAGAUUCUGGGACAGGAACAGCAAGAGGCUGAUGUUGGGAGUAUGAGUUUCAGUGUUGGGAGUGGCUAUACUGGAGCUAUGGAACGUUCUGCACCGGCUCAAGAAACUGGAGGACCGCUGGGUAGUGAGGUUAAGGAGGCUUUUACGGCGGUGAUGACGGGGUCAAAUUAUUAAUUGAGAGACUGUUCUUUUAUCAUUUCUUUGUACAUGAUUUCGCUUUUUCUCUGUCUAUCUUCCUGAAUUGAUGUCGGAUUGCUGAUUUUAAACGUGGUAUCGGAAGUGUAUCUUUAUGCUUACCUCCGCCACAACGCUGCUACUCUUCCUUUGGGCAGAUAUUUCACUUCUUCUGAGUAUUUCC